GGACAUAUUUCUAGUAGGACACGAAUGAACACAAGAAUAGCUCGUUUGUUAUGCAGUGUCCAAGAUGUCAGGACUGUCAAAAACAGAGCGAGCUGGAUGUACACAGAUUCUGAAGUCAAUGACAAAAGAGGACGUAUACUCACUUAGUGACACAGUCACGAAUAAACUGAUAGUUGUGGAAAAUGUUAAAGAGGCUUCGGGAACAAUUAUCUCCUUCUCUAAAAAUGCUGAAGAGCUCCUGAAAAGGAAGAAGGUUCAUCGCGACCUCAUAUUUAAGUAUCUGGCCAAAGAGGGUGUGGUGAUGGCCCCGAACAGCGAGAAAAACAAGCUGGUGAAAAGGACACUGGAGCUUUGGUCUUCUGGGAAGGCCGUGGUUGACGAAAGCAUUCCAGGUGAGACAGAUGAGACCAGACAGAGACUGACCACAGAGACAGUGUCCACAAACGUUCAGGCUGAGGUGGGCUUUGACCCACUGGUGCUCGGCCAGCAGUUCUGCCAGUGGUUCUUCCAACUCUUAAACAGUCAGAACCCCUCGCUGGGCCAGCCUCCUCAGGACUGGGGACCACAACACUUCUGGCCAGAUGUGAAGCUACGCCUCCUCUCCAGAGCUGACAGCGAACAGAUGGAGGAGUUCCCGGGGGCUGAACUGGUUAGCCUUCGUCUCCUGGCCUUGAUCAGGGAAGAGCGCCUCCUCCUUAGCCCCAACCUAGAUCCUCUUGGCCUCAGAACACUGGCCUCCCCCCAUGGCCUGGUACUGGUGGCGGUAGCUGGAACCAUCCACAGAGACGGAGCCUGUCUGGGCGUCUUUGAGCAAAUAUUUGGCCUCAUCCGCUCCCCGCUGGAGAACAACAGCUGGAAGAUUAAGUUUGUCAACCUGAAAAUCAGAGGGCAGGAUGCUCUGUGUGGGACAGACAUGGUAGCGCCCGCCUUGAACUACAACUCCACUGAAUUGCAGCUUCUCUCCAGUUGAUGAAACUCUUAAACUCUUCAUGCAUCUAAUUUCCAAACACGUUUAUCCAGGCUGUAGUUUUCAGAGAUUAGAACCUGGCAUGUUGUGCUGGCGACCGCUCCCUACCUUAUGUUCAGCCUGUCAGGAUAUACAGGAAGGUUGACAGUGUUGCAUCUUAUCCUACUUGGCACAUCAUUGAUGUAACAUAAAAAUACGACAAAGCUUGAGAAAAGUUCCCUUUAUUUUUUCUAUUUCUAUCUAUUUCUUUCCAGAAGUCUUUGCUGCUUCUUGUUGAGGAAACAUUUUGUUUAAAUAUAUACUGUACCUUUAAUAUAAAGUGUUUCUAUUGCAACCUGUGCCUUACUAAAGAUACAAUGUAAAUACAGACAUGGAUGUGCUUUUGUAAAUAUGUAUCACAUCAAAUAUAAAGAUUGUAUUAACCCCUGUG